AAACCAAUCUCUCAUCAGCUCAGCCGGGAAAGCUCGCUCACAGUUGCAGACUGACUGGGGACAUUCCAAGAUGGACGGACGACGUUAUUGCAUGAAUCAAAUUCCCCACAAGACCAUGGAUGCAGCAAGCAAGAAGGCCUACAUCAUCGCCAUCGUGGUGCAGGUGAUCUUGACGGGGAUGUCGGUGAUGUCCAAGGCGGCCAUCAACUCCGGGAUGAGCACCUUCAUCUUCGUCUUCUACCGUCAGGCGGCCGGUUCCAUCCUCAUGCUGCCUCUUGCCCUCCUCCUCCAAAGGAAGAAUGCGUGGUCGAUGCCGGUUGCGUGGCUGCUCAAGCUCUUCUUGUGUGCCUUAGUGGGGAACACGCUGAGCUUGAGCCUGUACCAUGUUAGCCUCAAAUUCACAUCGGCGACCGUGGCUGCAGCAGCAGGCAACUCCAUGCCGGUCGUCACCUUCUGCUUGGCGCUGCUACUCAGGAUGGAGGUGCUGAAGCUGAGGAGCGCCUCCGGCAUAGCCAAGCUCACCGGUGUAGCGCUGUGCCUCGCUGGCGUCUUCGCCAUCGCCUUCUACUCCGGGCCAGCGCUUAGCCCUGUAAACCAUCACCGCGCCUUUGCCGCCCACACUUCAGGCUCCGGCCGGACAAACGCCUCUUCGAAGACGACAUGGAUCGAAGGGACCUUCCUCAUGCUCCUCGCCAACGUGGCGUGGUCCCUUUCCAUCGUCUGGCAGGCUGCGCUACUCAAGGAGUUGCCGAACAGGAUGCUGGUGGCCACGGCGCUCUGCGUGUUCAGCACGGUGCAAUCGUUCGUCGUCGCAGUGGCGGCCGAGAGGAACUUCUCCAGGUGGCAGCUCCGGCCGGACAUCAGCCUGCUCGCCAUCGUCUAUGCCGGGUUUGUGGUGGCCGGAGUGUCCUAUUACCUUCAAGCUUGGUGCAUGGAGAUGAAAGGUCCUGUCUUCUUCGCCGUCUGGACCCCGCUAUGCUUCGUCCUCACGAUAUUCUGCUCUUCGUUCUUCCUGGGAGAGAUUGUUCACCUUGGCAGUGUUGUGGGUGGAACCCUGCUCGUUGGAGGCCUUUACGGCGUGCUGUGGGGUAAAAACAAGGAGAGUCAGGCAGGGUCCUGCAGUCAGAUGAACAUGACUACUACGGGUUGUGCGCAAGAUGAAGAGGAGCAUAACAAAACAAACACUUUUGAGCUGGAGGAAGCAACAUCAGCACCGGCAGGUGAACACGUCUGAUGGAUCACUGAAGCAAACCGUGCCUUCUACCUUGUGCUCACAUAUGCUUGUGGCGGAAGAUCUUUUAAUUUUAAUCACUGUUUAUUACAAUGUACUCAGGGGGUAAUCCCUCUAAAAAAAAUAAAUUGCCACCCCCGACUAAAUUCCACGUUCCUCCGGA